AUGGUCGAGGAGAUGCUCAUUGCUAGAGUUCACGUACACGUGAAAGUCCUGCAGGUGCGUGGCGCUCAGUAUAAAUAUCGCGGUCACGUUGUCCACUUCCUUCGCAAUGUUGGCAGGCUUUUUGAAGAGCUCCCAGUCCUACCUGAAGAGCUAGAUAUCAUCCUCCUGCGGCCUCCUAAUAUAGAGGGCGACCCUCGCUUCCGGCAACAGUUUGCUCGCGAUUUCCGGGUACGUCGCUCAUGCCUGUCGGCCUGGCUGCAUUACCUACAGCGUCACCACCCGGGCUAUCGCGAUAUUGUUGUGAGCCAGAAUCGCCUGCAACGGAUUCCUCUUGAUGGCAGCAUAGUUGCUUCCAUUGCCAGCCAAGUGGCUGACAUACCUGACGGCGAAGUCCCCCAGGGCCCCGUUGAGGAGGUUGUGGAAGAGGACCCAAGCGAUGCCGAUGCAUCAGCGAUCCCGAAUUUGUGUCACGGCGAGCGAAAGGAGACUGCAGACAAAGCUAGCAAGAUACUCUGUAACGAAAGAAUACUAAGAUGA